GUGUGUAUAUAAACCACAGUCCACGUAGUGCGUUACAUAAAAAUACACACACCAUUUCGUCCACAACAAAUUUUACUCACAGAGACAGAGACCAAAGCACCACUUCUUGCUGUCACUCACUCGGGAACCUCAGCUCGAAGUUUUCAAGAAACCAACCGCAAAACGCUGUCGUUUUGCUCCUUCCCCGCCGGAAACUCAUGGACAACUCCGGUUUCGUGAAUUUCUCCGGCAUGCUCGACCCCGGCGCCCAGGAAUUCGUCCCUCCUAGCCUCUUCCCAACCCCUCCUCCAGUAUUCUACUCGUAUCCAUAUCCGACACCAAAUGAACCCGCAGGACUGAGUAUACAAUAUCCUGCGGGUUCAUUUAAUGAUCCCGCGGGUUUGAUAAACGAACCCGCGGGAUUAUCGUACUCGUACACAAAUACGAAUACGAUAGUAAAUGAACACUACGCUCAGGUAGUGUUUCCCCAGUAUGUAAGAGUGGACCCACCACCACUCCCUGUGUCAUUACCGCCACCUUCAAACACGCCGUCACGAGCACUUCUACUAAGCUCAGUUCCGACGGAAGUGAGUGAAUCGACGGUGAGAAGAGACCUUGAAGUGUUCGGAGAUUUGAGAGCUGUGGAGAUGGAGAGAGUCGGAGAAGGAAUCGUGGCCGUUCAUUUCUACGAUAUCAGACAUGCAGAGACGGCGCUUGUGGAGAUUCAACAACAACACAUGCAACAACAGCUUAGGCUUCGACAGCACUUUGAAGCUGUGUUGGUGACGCAGGACGAGGCUGCGUUGUGUAGGUUUCCCGCGCCUGUGCCGCCGCCGGCGGUGGGGCUGGUUUCCGGGAGGGCUGUGUGGGCCCAGUUUAUGUUUCCGGCGGGCGGGAGGUACCCGGAGGCUUAUAAUCAGGGCAGUCUUGUCAUUUUCAAUGUUGACUAUCAAGUUCCAACAUGUUAUCUCAAAGAAAUUUUUGAAAAAUUUGGAUGUGUAAAGGAAGUGAGAGAGACGCCGAUGAAACAGAAUCAGAGGUUUGUCGAGUUUUAUGAUAUAAGAGAUGCGGCCAAGGCUUGUGUUGGAAUGAAUGGGAAGGAAAUCUAUGGGAGGCAUCUUAUAAUCGAAUUCAGUCGGCCUGGCGGUCACAGUAGAAGAUUCACCAAAUCGAAUCACAACAAAAUGAAUUAUGUUUCCGGUCAUCAGCAGAGAAGUCCUCGGUUGGUGGCACCGCAUCAGGCAUUGUGUGCUGAACGGUCACCGGCAUUUGGUAGCCGUUUGCAGUCUCAAUUAUCUGUUAGGAGUACGAAAAACCCUAACGGGAGCCGGAAAACAAGUCCUGGCCAAGGGGCAGAAGGGGCUGAGAUUCCGAAGAAAAAUUUGAAGAAAAUUGGCGAUCCUGGCACAAAUAAUUUGAAGCAAGUGAACGAUAAGAAAGUAGCUGAUUGUAAUAGCAAAGGAUGGAAAGGAAUAGGAUCGGUCAAGAACGGAAAAGAGUACGAUCCCCGAUUCCUGAUCAACGAAGAUUCAGUCAUGUUGCCGCAUUGCAGCGAUCCCAGAACCACUGUGAUGAUCAAAAACAUCCCAAACAAAUACAGUCAGAAGCUACUGCUCAAUAUGCUGGAUAACCACUGCAUUCACUGUAACGAGCAGAUCGCUGACAGCGAUGCCCAGCCCUUGUCUUCCUACGAUUUUGUUUACCUUCCUAUUGAUUUCGUUAACAAGUGCAAUGUGGGAUAUGGAUUUGUGAACAUGACUUCCCCGGAGGCCACAUUGCGGCUUUACAAGUCGUUUCAUCUUCAAAACUGGGAGGUUUUCAACUCGAGAAAGAUAUGUCAAGUAACUUACGCUAGGUUGCAGGGCGUGGAAGCGCUAAAAGAGCAUUUCAAAAGCUCAAAAUUCCCCUGCGACGCGGAGGAAUACAUGCCGGUAGUGUUCUCCCCGCCCCGCGACGGCCACACACUGACGAGUCCGGUCCCGAUAAUCGGCCGUGGCGCCGUAGCCGAAAGUAACAACACUGAUAGCAACUCCUCCGUAACCACCACCAAGGACAAUGAAGAGGAGUGUUAUGACGGAGAGCACGAAGGCCACAAUGUCAAUGAUAUUAAUGGUGAUUGUGACAACGAUUUGAUUAGCCGCGGCUGCGACAGUGGCGGUGCUGAGACGGCUCUGGAGGCGAUGAGAUUGUUUGACGAAAAUUUGUAGCGUACAGUAGUAGAUUAGCUUGUAGUUCCUUCGUACUGUGAUAAUGUAUGUUCGUUUAUCAUUGUAAUAGUUAUUCAAAUUCAAUGCAGAAGUAUUUAUGUUG